UUAAUUAGUUUAGUAAAGUUAUAAUGUUUUUAUGAUUUUUUCAAUUAUUAUAUUUUCAAUUAAUAUCUAAGGUUCACAAAAAGAUCAUUUGCAAAUUCCUCGAAUUGAAAUUUUUGAAAUUUUAAAAAACGAGUUAUCUUCAGAUCUAGAUGACCAGCUUGAUGUUUUGCAAUCACAGUUGUGUCUAAGAAGAAAAAUUUGUUUCCAAUUUUCAACAGAUGAUAAAAAGAAACUAAAAAAUGUAUUGACAAAAUUAAAAAUAAAAUGGAAAAGUAGUAACCGAACAAAAAAAAUAUUUUUGAAGACACAUGACACUUGGUUAAAAGCUUCAACAAAUAUUUGUGUAAGUUAUUUAAUGCUUAUCUCUAUUAAAGUUUUAAACUUUUUUAUAUUUACUAAACAUUUAAAUAAUUUCAAUUGCAAUGGGUCGACCACCUUUGAAUUUUGAUGAAGCAAGUGAGCGAACGAAACGGCGAAAAACAGAGGAAAUGCGUUCGACAUUUAGUUCAUCCGAGUUAGCGUUUGCUUCUCAGAUGAGUCUUCGGGCUUCAGGAGCAUGCAAUGCCGGAGUUACAGUUAAAGAUUUACCUUCCACCAUUCAACACCGAGUCGCAAACUAUAUAGAGAGCCUUAAAUUGUCCCAAAUUUCACAAACAUCUGAAUUAUGUGCUGAAACAGCUCUUUCCAUACUAAUGGAAGCAAAGCUUUCUAAACACCAAUAUUGCAUUAUAAGAAGUGCUGCAAUUGCGAAUAGCUCUUCUUUUUUACCAUCUUACGAAAAACUUAAAGAAGCCAAGAAAACGUGUUACCCUGAAGAUAUAACGGUAACUGAAAUAAGCGCCGAAGUAAAACUGCAAUCUUUAUUAAAUCAUACUUGUUUACGAAUUAUAAAAACUCAACAAGAUGUAAUUGACUCCUUGAAUGUAAAUAUUUUAUCAAAUUUUAUUUAAUUCUUAAGUGAGGGUUUGAUGACAGUUCCGGUUAUAGCGAAUAUAAACAGAGAUUUGCCGAUGGAAGAAACUCAGAUACAAAUGUUUUUCUGACUUCACUUGUACCAUUACAACUUUUGUGUACAAAUUCAGUUUUAGGUCAAGAUGUUAUUCUAUGGAAAAAUAGGACACCCUCAUCUACUCGAUUUUGCCGACCUAUCAGACUGCAAUUUCUUCACGAAAAUGUCCAUACAAGCAUUAAUGAAAAAGACUAUAUUGAAGAUAAAAUUAAAUCACUGGUUCCUCUCAUCAUUGUUCAACAUAAAAUAGAAAUUAAAAUACAUUAUAAAUUGGUUAUGACAAUGAUUGACGGAAAAGUUUGCAAUGCAAUAACAUUGACGAAAUCAACAAUGCGGUGUUAUUUGUGUUCUGCUACUUCGAGUCAAUUCAAUAAUAUCAAUUUUGUUAAAGAAAUAAAAGUUGACGAAUCAAAAUUGGAAUACGGUUUAUCAACGUUGCACGCAUGGAUUUUAUCAGUUAGUAUAGCUUCAUGUCCACUUGGUGAUUUCUUUACUGCUCAAUGUGCUGAAAUAGGUGGUUGUCUCCAAAAAUGUUUACCAUGCGUCCUUUACGAGGUGAAGAAAAUUUGGCAAAAAGCAGGAAUUCCUUUACUGACAAAUACUGACAAGCAUAUCAGAGACAAGAUUGUUGACUUAGAAAAGAAAAGGUUUAAACAAACACAGGAACUGUUUAAGUAAAAAUUUAGUUUUAAACUAGAGAAACUUUUUCAAGAAUGCUAGAGGAAGUAUUCGAUGUAAGUCAAAACAAUUGUGAACAUACUAUUAUGAAAGAUAAAACUAAAGAUUUCAAAACUAGAAGAGAGGAUGUAGAUUUUCUUAACGACCAGAAAGGAGCGCGUGUUCAGAAAAUGUUGGGUAAAGAUAACAUUUCACAAAAUAUUGUAAAAAAUAAAAGAAAAAAAGAAAUGAAAAAAAAAAAAAGUAUAAAAGAAUUCAUAAGAAAACAAAAAGAGUUGUUUACUGAGAAAUUUGGUGACACAAUGAAAAAUUUAAAUACUUUAGAUAAUGACCAAGAUGAACAGUAUCUACAGCCUUCUAUAAAAAAUAAAAAAUCUAAUGCUGUUCCUCUUACAGUUCCUAAAAAUAUAAGAAAAGAUUUAGCUCCAACAGCAUCACAAUAUAGAAUAAGUUCGACUGCACUGAGUGCAACUCUUGCUUCUCUUAUAAAUAACAGUUCUGGAACAACAGAUGAUUUUUCUAUUUCUAAACGAAGUAUUUUGAGGCAGAAAAAAUCAAGUAUAAGUACAACUGCAUGUAAAAUUAAAGACAACUUUAUUAUAUUGGCUAAGGGUAAAAGUCUUACCCUGUGUUUUGACUCCAAAAUUAUGGUAGAAUUGAGAGAAAUUGGUAAAGAAAAAGUUGAAAGAUUAGCUGUGCUAAUCAGUUCACCAGAUCUUUCAGAAUCCCAACUUUUGGGUAUUUUAAUUGUGAAAGAUGGCACUGCUGAGUCUCUUGGGAAAGCAAUCAAAAAAACUUUACAAGACUGGGAGCUAUUUGACUAUGUUGAUUGUCUAUCCUUUGACACCACAGUCACAAUAAGAAUAAGAACUGCGCGACGCAUAAGCACGACGUGAUUUUUGACGUCAUUAAAUUCUUUUUAUUUGCUUUUCAU